AUGAUUCCUGCAUGCGACACGGAGGAGGCUCGAAAUGGUCAGAAACAUGAACGCAAUUUCUAUACUCAGCCGGAAUUUGAUGCAUUGUAUCAUAGGAAUCCCCAGCUUGUUUCUAGGACACCCGUCCAAAGGUCUGCUGCCAUGGCGAGAAAGGUCUGUCAAAAGCUUCGCGUUUUGUACUGUGGCGAACGCUCUUACGACGGACCGUGCGGGUUACUGUUGAGUCUCUUGCACGGACUAUUUCCCGUAGCGGCCAUUAUGUGCCAAUAUGAAUCGAAGAAUUGGUUAGCGAAUGAUCUGAUAACUGGAUUCACUGUUGGUGUCAUGCAUGUCCCUCAGGGAAUGGCUUACGCUAUGUUAGCCACAUUACCCCCAGUUUACGGCCUCUACUGUUCAAUGUGUGCACCCUUAUUCUACUUUCUUCUGGGUACUUCACGGCAUCUUUCCUUAGGAACGAUGGCAGUCGUCAGUCUUCUUGUUGGUGGUUGUCUUGACCGCAAUGUACCCCAGAUUUCCCCAUUUCGUCCGUCAUUGUACUGCAGUGUUUUCCAUCUUGUAGUCUUAGGCCCUGCUACGAUGUCUGGACUGACAAACCUGACUUCAACCGCGGCGAAAGAGGACGUCGAUGUCGCUGCUCGAGUUGUCAUGGCCGCGGCACUGGCAAUGAUCGUCGGACUCAUACAGCUAGCGAUGGGAAUUUUGCGACUUGGCUUCUUGACUCAACUGCUAUCACAGCCUAUGCUUUCCGGUUUCAUCCUUGGUUCCUCCAUCCACGUGGGCAUGUCACAACUCUUCGUCGUAUUUGGUCUUCAUAUCAAGAAGAGCACUGGGCUUUAUAAUGUUCCUAUGAAUUUCUACAGGAUCUGCUCCAAUUUGCCUGAAUCAAAUUGGGUUACUUUUGGGCUUGCCCUUGCCUGCAUGAUGGUCCUGUACACAUUCCAACUUUGGGUGAACCCACCCCUUACAAAGCGCAUCAGGGUCCCGAUUCCGAUCGAGCUUCUGAUUAUUGUCUUUGGUGGAAUCACCUCCUACUAUCUCAAAUUAGGAACCGAAUACAACGUUCGAGUAGUCGGUACUGUUCCUACUGGGUUUCCCGAACCUUCAAUUCCGAACAUUUCCCUGGCAGGUUCACUUAUCGGCGAUGCGUUUGUGAUAGCUCUCAUUGCCUACUCCUUAUCCUAUUCAUUGGCCUCUUUUUAUGCAAGUAAGGAGGGCUACACCGUGGAUCCUAAUCAGGAGCUAGUGGCCUAUGGGAUGACUAACGUGGCGAGUUCCUUCUUCCAAACGUAUCCACUGACGGCUUCGAUCUCGAGGACAGCGCUUCAGGUGACGAUGGGCUCAAAGACGCAGCUAACUGGAGUUGUUUCUUCGCUUGUCGUUUUGAUGGUCGUUCUCUUUGCGGGACCACUCUUCUAUGAUGUGCCAAACGUGCGUUUCGCUUUCGUGAGGCUAGUUGAUAGCCCCAUUUUGUCUUGUUCUGCUACGGCCGUGUAUUCGCAAUCCACCAUUCGUAUUAAAGCUUGCUGUCUCGCUGCAAUCAUUCUCGUGGCUCUUCGGAAUGUUUUCAACCAAAUCGCCGAAAUCAAACGUCUGUGGCGCUACUCCAUUUGGGAUUUCGCUUCCUGGGCAGUCACGCUUGUUGCUACAGUCUUUCUGGACGUAAUUUACGGCCUCAUAAUCGGCAUUACGUUUUCUGUGCUGACCGUUUUCAUUCGUGCACAGUUGUCAAACACUCUUGUUCUUGGCAGGUUUGACAAGACAGAGGUGUUUAAGCCCGUGGACUCGUAUGCAGACUGUGUCGAAGUCCCAAAAGUGAAGGUCAUCCGAUAUGAAGGCGACCUGUUCUACGCUGGGGCUGAACGUUUCGCCGCAUCCGUCAUCCGUGCCUCCGGAUUCGAUCCCCGUCCUAUCAUCUGUUGCAAAAAGAAACUUGUCUGCACAAUAAAUGAGGCUGAAGCAAUAUUAAAAUCUGUGCAUAGCCAACAGGACUUGCAGCUGUCUUCGCACCCUCUGCAUGGUAACCGUUCUUAUCAAGUGCAAUAUUUCUUUUUUCCUCACCUCUUGGUAGAUAUCCAACUUGGCGACGGGACCUGUAGUCCAGAGGACUUGGAUGAGCCGGUAGGCGGAUGUCACUCCCGUUGCUGUCCCUGCCGCACAACAAAACGCACCCAAGCUAAUCUGAAGUUGGAAGCACUGAAGAGGAAGCAGACAGCUCUUUGUCAUCUCUCAACGCUGCUUGACAAAGUCCCUCUGAAUCACCUUAUUCUCGACUGCUCUGCUUGGAACUUUAUUGAUUUUGUCGGCGUUAACGCUCUCAAAAUGGUGGGUAUCUGUUGCUGCCACAGAUAA